UACUGUCAGGUACAUCAAACAGCGGCUAGGUAAGUGGCGUAGGUAAUCUUAACACGUAGUUGAGACGCAUAUUUACUAGAGAUGCAAAUACGCGGGCACGUCAAUAUUUUCCAUUAAGUGCAUAAUAUCUAACAAGCGAUGGCAAUUCAAAUUGUUAUGUCAAUGAGGUCUUGUCGUUUGUCAUCAAACAUUGAGAUUAUAUUUCGGAAUUCAGACUGUAAUUACAAGCGGAAUCGAAUAAUCAAAACAUGCGUGUCGGUGUGGCUUUAAAAAAAGGAAAUUGUUUAUAAUGGCGAUAUCACUAUCCAUAAUUUUUGUGAGCUUCAUAUUUUCAACGAGUGUCUCAUUCGGGGAAGACGUGUGCAGUCACUAUGAAGAUAAUGAUUGUAUUCAUCCGAAUAUACUUAAAAAUGGUCAUUUUGUUAACCAAUGGACCGUCUAUUUGCCUGGAAUGACCAAAGACCAAGCUAGAGAGUUAUUAGAAAAUAAUGGCUUUGACUACUUAGGACAGAUAAUGGAUGGAGUUGAUUUGCAUCUUGUGACGAAACAUGGCACACCAGAAAAGCACGCCUUGCCCAACGAAAAAAUAAUUGAAUUACUUAAGAAACACGAAAAAGUACAUUCGGUUGCACAAAAGCAUGUGCUUGAAAACUCGCAAGAACAGGUAGUAAACAUAAUCAACGAGGAUAGAGUCUACUUCGAACCUUUGGAUCCCAACAUGAUCAUACUAAACGACGGUCGGAAUAACUUGGAAAGAAUAGCUGCUUUUGAGGCUACAGAAGCCGCGAGCACUGCAGCAGAAUUUGAUAAUAAUAAUGAUAAGCUUGUAGACACUAACGAAACAAUUAAAGCUGAUGACGAUAGUCGCAAAAAGAAACAAAGUGGAAAAAAACAUGGCAGCGUAUUCAGUUUAGAGAAUAAAAUUCCGUUAAAUUCGUUGGAUCCCAAUAAUUCAGUAGAAAUUGAUAUGUCAAACAAGGGAUCAUUAGCGGACAAAGAGAAGUUUAACGAGAAGUCAUCAAGUGAGGUCUUGGACGAGGAUGCCUUGAACGAGGAGUCGUUAGAAAAGGAAUCAUCGGAUAAAACAAAGACAGGAAUAAAUGGAUGAAACUUUGCAAGACCUACAGUCUGUAAUAUUAAUCUUGAAGCGUAAUUUCAUAAAGCUAUUAUAAUUUAUUAAAAACUGUAUUAUAUUAAUUAUACUUAUGAUUUUUAAUA